CCCGCCAAGUCCGGUUUCGCUCCGAUUCAAAAAACUCAUCAAAAGCUUUCGGAGAUCCCAUUCUUCAUUCCGUCGUUUCAUUUUGCGUUUUGCCAUCUCUCUCUUUCGCUCUCGCUUUCCGAAGAGCCUCCCAGUUCAGAUCUCUCCUUCUCCGACGCUUUCCGGGAACAUGGCGGGAAAAGGUGGAAAGGGGCUUGUAGCCGCAAAGACCACGGGGGCCGCGAACAAGGACAAGGACAAGGACAAGAAGCGUCCCACCUCUCGCUCAUCUCGUGCUGGUAUUCAGUUUCCUGUGGGUCGGAUUCACCGGCACCUCAAGACAAGGAUCUCCGCUAACGGCCGUGUCGGGGCGACAGCUGCCGUGUACUUGGCAUCAAUUCUGGAGUACCUGACAGCCGAGGUGCUCGAGCUCGCGGGCAACGCGAGCAAAGACCUGAAGGUGAAGAGGAUAACUCCAAGGCAUCUGCAGCUGGCCAUCCGGGGGGAUGAGGAGCUCGACACCCUCAUCAAGGGAACCAUCGCGGGAGGUGGCGUCAUCCCUCACAUCCACAAGUCCCUGAUCAACAAAACCACCAAGGAUUGAAUUGGGAUCAAAUACCCAUCAACAUCAUCAUCAUUAUCAUCUCUUAAUUGGGUGUUAUCUGUUUGCCGUUCGGAUAUGUUAAUUAUGUGUAGUUUUAGUGUUAGAGGAGGUUCUUGGUGCAUUUCAUAGCUAUAGGUUUAUGUUAGAAUGGCGUUUAACUUGUGAUACUGUUGAUCGUUCGAUGUUUGUUAUGCUCAACAAACCAACCCCAAUCCUUGUUCGGUGUCUUUAUUAGUUGUAUCAAAUCAAGACAGUCUUUUAACUUUGCCUCCUGUUCAGGUGAUGCCUUUUCUGUCCUUGCCUUCA